GGAGGAAAAGGCAGAGAGAGAGAGCCCAGCCCUUGAAUACACGGCAACAACACGCCGACAGAGAGAGAGGGAGAGGCACAGAGAGACUGGCUGUUUUUUGGGGGGAGCAAAAGGAGCCUUCGACGCUGCGGAUAUGAACUGAAAAGAAACACUGGGAAGAGGCGGGGAUCGUGUUCUUAUAUCCCGAAAAAAUUACUGUUAAAGGUGUUAAACUAGCCCCCCUGAACCCUCCUCUCUCCCAAACAGUUCUUAUUCAGAUAGAGCUACACCCAAAGCCCCGACCGACCCCCUCCUGCUCCUGCUGCUCCACCCCUCCGCCGCUGCACCGCUCCGGCAACCGAGAUGCACACGGAGACCCGUAACAAGAAAUGCCAGUCGACUCCUAAGCAGAAGAAGAAUGCUGUCGGCGCCCAGAAGAAGCAGAGGAGCCCAGCCAAGCAGAGCGCCCUGACCCGAAAACAACAACAACAGCAGCAACAACAACAACAACAACAGCCGCCGCCGCCGCCGUCGUCAUCACCUCUGCCACCUGCAGCCCAGGAAGAGGAGGAGAAGGAGGAGGAGCCGCUGACCAGGCCUCGGCCGCCACGGGAAGAGGAGGAGGAAUCGGGCGAGGAAGAGCGAGAGGAGGUGGCGACAAAGACUGUGAAGAAGAAGAAGAAAGGAAAGGAGGAAGAAGCGGAGGGCGACACAGACAUGCCCUCUGUACAGAUCAAACCAGAGCCAGAGGAGAUGGAAUGCACGCAGGCAGAUGUAGGUGUCGACUGCCCACAGCCAACAGACCUAAAGGUGAAGACUGAGUUGCCUGUUUGCAAGACAGAGCCCUCUUCGCCCCAGCCGUGCCCUGCUGAGGACCAGACUGAACCUGUCGACCUGUCCCUCAACAAACCCCGCUCCUCUUCGCUCCCUGCCUCUACAACGAGCGCCACAGUCAACCCUGCGCCCAGCAGUGCCGUGACCCAACCCAGUCUGUCGGCCACACCGGUCCCCUCUGCGGUACAAUCGAUAGGCUCCAUGGUCCUCUCUCCAGGCUCCAUCCUGGCCACGCAGGGCGCUGGGGGCCAACAGAUCCUGCACGUCAUUCACACCAUCCCCUCGGUCAGCAUGCCCAGCAAGGUGGGCCAGCUGCAGACCAUCCCCGUGGUGGUGCAGUCGCUGCCUGUUGUCUACACCACCAUGCCUACUGACGGCGUUGCCACGGCGGCCAUUACAGUGCCGCUCAUAGGAAGCGACGGGCGCUCAGAAGGAUCUGUUCGUAUUAAGCCAGGUUCAACGUCUCCGGUGGAGUAUCAGACUGACAGUGAUGCAGAGAGCGGUACAGAGUCUGGAUCGGCCUCCCUCAGUGCCCAGAGCCUCGACGCAGGGUCGGUCAUGGACUUGGAGCCCGUCGAUCCAGAUUCGCCGGACAUCAAGAGGAGGCGAAUCCACAUGUGUGACUAUGAAGGCUGUAAAAAAGUUUACACCAAGAGUUCCCACCUCAAAGCCCACAGGAGGAUACACACAGGAGAGAAGCCCUACCACUGUACCUGGGAGGGCUGCACCUGGCGCUUCGCCCGCUCCGACGAGCUGACCCGGCACUUCCGCAAGCACACGGGCAUCAAACCUUUCCGCUGCACUGAGUGCGACCGCUCCUUCUCCCGGUCCGACCACCUCUCCCUGCACCGCCGCCGCCACGUCAUGAUGUGAACUCCGCCCCCCCCCUCCCCAAAAGCCAACCUAUUACCCCCUGACGUUUCAAAAUCCCUCACAGCACAUCUUGUACCAGUGCCCCCCACCCCAAACGAACCCCUGCUACUUCCUGUUUCCCUCCUCACCUCUGCUGACCCCCCCCCCUCGUUAGGAUUUUAUGCCUCAUCAGCGGAUAUAAGAGACACUGUACCUGCUUCGUCCUCCUCCUCUUCAUCUUGAAAUUGCAGGAACAUCAGGAAUGUGUCUGUUUGUUUCUUUGUGUGUGUGUGUGUGUGUGUGUGUGUGUGUGUGCACAGUGGAGGUCACAGGAUUAUUUACUGUGUGUACUUCAAGUCAUCAUCAUCAUCAUCAUCUUCAUCUUCAUCAACAUCACCACCGUCCACCAAACGCCCCUCCUACCCCGAAACAAUCCCCUCCCUACCCCCCUCUUAACUCGAACCCUUUCGCGUAAUACGUCUCCUCAUCAGAAAGAGACGGAUGGACUGAAGGAGAUCCAGCAGCAGGGACGUUCAUCCAUCCAUCACGUGCAUCCAUCCAUCCGGAGGAGAGGAGGAAGAGGAGAGGACAAGAGGAGGAAAGACGUGUGCAUUGCUUUUCAACUGAAAGGACAGGGGGAAUCUUAAAUGGAUGUCUCUUCAGCUGCUUUGUUUUUUGUUUGUUUUUAAACAACAAGUUUAAUUCUGUACAUAUCCAGAGUUGGGAAGUAAAGUGAAGCCAAAAUUUCAUAUAUUAUGGAUUUUUGGAAGCAAAGGUGACUCCCUAAAAUGACCCAAACAGCCCUUUUCCACCACAAGAACGUUUUCCAGGAAGUUUUUAGGAACUCAGGAACUUCACUUUUAUUUUUUUUCUGACCCCGCCGUUGUGACGGCAGGAACCACGGCAAAAUUGGCAAAUUCUGAUCUAAAUCGGGAACGAUCAGGAAAAAACACAAAAAAAAUCGAGUAAGACUCUAAAUCUGAUGCCAAUCUUUGACGGGUGAAAGUGUUCGAUAGUCUGUCAGUGCUAUGGACAUUUUCCGUUGGUACCAGAAGACGCAUUUAAAAGAAAUCUUUAAAAGAUCCGUAAACCGGCUCAUUUCCCAAACUUCUCCAGAUACGGUGAAAAUGUACAAACAGGCUUUUAGUUCUUGGGGUUCCUAAGUCACCGGUACCGUUUGGAAAAGGCGCUGAAACAACCAAAACUGUCGGAUUAUUAUUUCUUUUUAAUUGCAGCCUUCAGAUAAAGUUUUCACUGUGUUUGAAAGCAAAGGCUUCCCAACUCUGUGCAUAUCAGUGUAUGGGUCUGUGUUACGUGUGUGUGUGUGUGUGUGUGUGUGCGCAAGUAGUGGGCUUUUUCAUGGCAGCUGAAGUCACAUCAAACACAUAUUUCCUCUUAGGGAAACUUACCGUAUCUGGAGUGUCUGAGGCCGAGAUCUAACGUAGUUUAUUUUGUCUUGACCCCCCCCCCCUCCCC